AUGAGUCAAGUUGAGGCGAGGGCUGAUGAGGCUUCUACCACGUACGGCCUGUGCUGCCUGGUCCUUGCCUGGUCCCAUAAUAUAGGGAAAGUCUGCUAUGCCAGCAGCAGCAUGCAUAUAGCCUGUGGCUCCAUCUUGAAUGACCCUGUCCCUCUGGGCCUAGAGAGUUAUGUCAUCCCAGAUUCAAGUCUGACAGCUUCCAGUGAGUAUAAUACUGGCUAUGGUGCAGAGAGAGGUCGUCUUAACCUGGCCCGAGUCGGGAGCCUGAGUGGAGCCUGGUCUGCACUAACAAACAAUGCCAACCAGUGGAUCCAGGUGGAUCUUGCGGACAUUUACCGUAUCAUUUCAGUUGCGACUCAAGGGCGACAAGGUUACAGCCAGUGGGUAACAAGCUACAAGGUUGCUUGUAGUACUAAUGACACGACUAUUCACACCGUGCAGGACAUAUUUACAAACCCUGGAGCCGACAAGAUCUUCACCGGUAAUGUUGACCGCAACACCAUCGUGACCAACACUCUGCCUGUACCCCAGAGUUGCCGCUAUGUCCGCUUGAUGCCUGUCAGCUGGUUUGACCACAUCAGUCUUCGUAUGGAGAUCUACGGCCCUUUCACAGAAAACGCAUGUCUCUCAGCACCCUGUCUAAAUGUAGGUACUUGUCAGCAAACUGAAAACGAUUACCAGUGUAUUUGCCAGGAUCUAUUCAUAGGUCGCAACUGUGAAAUAGGUAACUACGAUCCUUGCAUCCAACGAAACCCGUGCGUCAAUGGUGUCUGUCAUCCCAUUGAACAAGGACAGUACGAGUGUGAAUGCAAAGAUCAUUAUGAGGGGAUCCAUUGUGAUGAACCAACUCUUCCUUUGGAGGUUGCUGUUCAUCCGUCAAGCCAGAUAAUCAACAUUAAUGCCAAUAUGUAUCUGACAUGUAGUUUCAACAAUUCCAAGCGAUACCACUGGUACAAGGAUGAUGUCCUUUUGCCCGGCGGUGAAAAUGAGAAUCCUUUGACAAUCCUGUCUGUCACUCCCAAUGACAUCGGAUAUUACUUCUGCCGAGGCUCCGGGAGAAAUGGAGAAACUUUAGACACGAUGCGAGCAUCUGUAUAUAUCAAAGAUCUGACCAAUAUAAAAGUUUCGAACGCUAGAUUUGCCAUUCCAUUCCGCGAUGAGCUUUAUUACCAAACUUCUAAACUCUUUAGAGAAACUGCGUUUAACAUCAGCACCUAUGCUUGA